AUGGUGGAUUUCUCGUUGAAGAAGGCGCGCAACAAUUGGCGGAAUGUCAAGAUAGGGUCGCCGACGAAAGUGAAGCACGUAUCCGGUUCAGGUGUCCCCCCCACUGGCUCGCAAAGUUUAGCUAGUGGGACCCCCGUACACACUCCAGAGGCAACACCACCAGCAGAACCACGGAAGCUGACGGUCCCACAACAGAAAGGGCAUUUGCCCACGGUCCAUGCGCACGAGAAGAACAAAGCUGCGUCGUCGAUGCAGCGGAGACUGUCCGUGUACGCUGCGGGCCAUGCGGCACCCACGUUCGAUUACUCCAUGCCGCUCCCCACAGCUAAGGGCCCCCGCGAGAUGGCAGGGACUAGUGCUACGGGUCCACCGGCAUCUCAGGAACCACAGCAGGGGAGGUUGAGUAUCCGGGAGAUCACACAGCCGGCGAAACUGCGCUCGCUGCUGACGGAUACGCACUUCAAUGCGAAGGCGUUUGUUCACGAGAACUUGCGGGACGCGUCUGCGCUGGAUAUCGACAGCUUCACGACAACUCUGGCAGACUUGUCGCAGUCCAUCCAAGUCGAGGUUAAGGAGAACAUCAACAGGUCGUACCGGGAGAUCAUGCAAGUGAACGCGGACUUGCACACGGCGAGUGUAGAGCUGGAUACGCUGCGCGGGAACAUCGAGGCGAUGAAUUCUAUCAUGGGUGAUUUCAAGCAGAUCGCAGACAAGAGACUCGCUCUCGAAACGGCUCGACUGAACGAGAGCAUGCCCGCCAGUGCCGCCUCUGACUCUCGCGGUGCUGAUUCGUUGCUCCCACGGCUGCAAGUCCAAGAAGAGAUACGGAGCAGUGUGUACAUCCUCGGGAAUAUGAGGAGUCAGCAACUGUCCGAGAUGGAAAGGGAGAUCGAGGGAGCGUCGAAGGUUCUGAGGGGCAAGAACAGGUACCUGGUCACGAAGAGCAAAGACUUGGCCGAAUUGAACAUCACGACGCUUCGGUACUUGCAAGUCGUGAGGUUCUACAUAUUGAACGACGCGAUCCUGAUCGCACGCAAGAACGAGACCAACGACUACAUUUUGAACCAAACGCUCUCGUUGCGGGAGACCACAGUCAAUAAGGAGCCCGGCACGGAUAACAGAUUCGUGUUCAAAGUAAACAGCAAUAACAGCCUUCUGUAUGAGACAAGGGACCCACAGGAGUGUGAGAAGAUACUGAACAGCAUCAGGAAGGCCAAGGAUGACCUGUGCGACAUCUACGAGAGCGACAAGAUGCAACGGAGGAAGAUGAAGGAGUCCGUCAGGUACCUGCAGUCCACGCAACAGACACCAGUGCGCGACUCGAGCGUCACCAGAAGUCCAGUCAAGAGUUACAGGAGAAGCACAGGCGGUAGUGCUCCGAUGACUCCAGGAGGCAGACACAGCGUUGGGUACUUUGCCGGAGCCCCACAAUUGGACUCCGCGGCAGAUCAGUACUUGCUACAGUCUGCUGCGUACUCGUCCAUGUCGUCCAAGAGGGGCGGCGGGCAGACCACGGUCGCUUCCAAUAGACUCAAAAUGCUCAAUGACUACAUUGAAGAGGUCGACAUCAACAUCGCGCGGUUCAAGAUGAGAGACGCGGUAGAUAUUCUUCUGGACAUCGAGUCGCAACUGAGCAAGCUCUCCACGGAGGAGCAACUUGGCGACGCGACUUUCUGCCAGAUCCUCGACAUCAAGCUGCGCGAGAGACGCGAGUCCCUCAGUUCGAAGCUCUCGCAAAACAUCCUCUUCAGCGACGACGUAACGCACCUGAUCCAAUCCGUCGAGGCGCUCAUCAAGCUCGGGUACGCGGACGAAGGGUUAGAUCUGUUCCUCCAGAACAGGUCCAACGCGAUCCAGGAGCUGAUCCUACAGAUUGGUUCCUUCGACAACCCAACAAACUACCUGACGCAGUUGUCCGUCAUCAGGUUCCAAACGAUCAAGCGGACCGUGCUGAACUACGAAGAGUUCUUCGCAGCGGAGACAGAAGCAGCCCGGACCGCAAAGAAGAAACUGUCCUCGAUCCUCGUGAACUGGUGCAACAGUGAGGUCGACCGCCAUUUCCAGCUGAUCGACGAACAACUGCUCAACGACGAAAUGCUGUCCCCGGUGUCCAUCAAGUCCUCGCGGAGACAGAUCGACGACCUCAAGUCCGUCGGCCUCGAUUUCGUGUACAAGCUGGACGAGUUCAUCAGGAUCAACAGCGACAGGAUCGGAUAG